GAUCUGUGAUAUGAUGAAUGCGUGCGUGCUCGCGCUUUACUGUGCACAAACGUAACGUGUAUGUGCGUUGGGUGCUCGCACGCCGCGCGCUCCCCCACGUGCUAUGGAGCUAGAUCGUUAACUUUACGUUACAUCAUCUGCACGACGCCAUGGAAUUUGCACCUUCCGACAAUUCCUUAGCCUUAAUUGUUGAAAUCCAACUGGCACAGCUCGCAAGGAAGCACUUUGAAGAACUAUCAUACUGGGAUGCUAGCAGACGUCUGACGAAAGUUACCAAUGACCACAUAGCCAUCCCUGUUAAUGCUGAGUGUAGACAGGCCUUGCUGAGCACAGAGAGACUGCACAGAAAGGACUCAUUUCUUCAUACAUCACAUAAUAACAGAGAUGGUGAUGAAGGAUCAAAGAUGGGAACACACCAGUCUGCAGGACUUGCUGAGCCAACCUCUUCAGAGAGUGGUGUACAAUCAAAUAAAAGGACACAGACUGAUCCACCGUGCUGCCGUGCUUCACUUGAGAAAGUGCAAACUACCACUCUACCAUACCUAGAUGUAGCAAAGCCAUCAGAGAGUGGUAGCAGACCCCUUCUUCCAUCAGCUUCAGAUGAUGCAGGUGAGGGUUUAUGCCUGAAGAGUGGUAUCAAACACUCCAUCAGCUCAGCACAUGGACACUCACAGGUUCUCUGGAGUGGAAGACUGUUAGACAUUGAAGCGAAGCUGGUUUGUAUGGACCUACCCCUCUCAAGGAAAGCCAAACACACUACACCUUAUGAUAGGCUAAGAAGGAUGGUAGAUGGAUGGGUGAAGGAAGGAGCGCUGCAUUGGAAGGAGGAGUUAGCAAAGGAGAUCCCUAACCAUUGGGAGAGGCAUGGAGAUCUAGUGCUGCUGCCUUCCUCUUGCUUUCAACAUCCUGCAUGGACUGCUGUGUCAGACAUAUGGUCCUCAGUGGCUACCACUUUAAACUGUACAAGGAUUGCCAGAAGAGGGCGUAUUCAAUCCGAUGACUUCAGAUCUCCCAGAACGGACCUCCUUCUAGGAUCAGAUUCAUCCGUGGAGCACAGAGACAACGGAAUCAUCUACACGUUUGACAUUCGCUACAGUAUGUUUUCAUCAGGUAACAUCACAGAGAAGCUGAGGAUAGCUAGUCUAGAUUGCUCCAACGAGACAGUGGUUGACUUAUAUGCAGGUAUAGGCUACUUCACACUGCCAUACCUAGUGCAUGCUAAGGCUAAGCUUCUCUAUGCCUGUGAGUGGAACCCACAUGCUGUCAAGGCCUUGCGUACAAACCUCAAGCUCAACGGUGUGAACGACAGGUGUAUCAUCCUAGAGGGAGACAACAGAAAGGUGUGUCCAGUAGGAGUUGCAGACAGAGUGAACCUCGGGCUCAUACCAUUAUCGGAGCAGGGGUGGCCAGUGGCCUGUGCAGCAUUGAACCCUGUUACUGGAGGUGUACUGCACAUACAUGGUAAUGUAGAUUCCUACCCUCAUAAGGAAUGGAGCGAUCCAAGUGAUAGUAAGUGCUUGGAUAUUUCUUCUAGCAACCCUGAUCCCUGUAGUGAAGACUACACAGUGAGUAGUCUCACAGAGGAGUGUGUGUAUGAAGAAGUAACGUCUGCCUGUGGAAGGACUGCAGCUCAUCUUCAAGGUGAAUCAAGAGACUUUUCACCAGUAAUGGCUGAAGACAUGUUGCCUGUAGACAGUAUGGCAUGCUCAACACACGGUGAGACGGGUGACACUCUUCAAGGAGAAUCCGGUAGUGACAGGGACAACUCUUCCUCCUCCUCAUCAAACAAAGAGUUGAAUGUAAGAGGGUUAGAGUUGAGAGAAGAGUCUCAAGGUACCGACCAGGGAAUCUGCGUAAGUGAUGUAUUUGAUAAGAAGUUAUGUGAAAACUGUUCUGAGUUCAAGCAAGGGAAAUGGGUGGAGUGGGGCUGUCAUGCAGUGAAGACAAUCAAGGAACUCCUGUGUGAGCAGCAUGGUAAUAAUUGGAGUGUGAAGAUGAUGCACAUAGAGCAUGUCAAGUCUUAUGCUCCUCAUAUUCAUCAUCUUGUUCUUGAUUUAAAUUGUCAACCAAUCUCAUGACAGGAUUUGUAUUAUCAUGCUACUAUGUAGGGACUUGUGCCUCAUUAAUUGUUUUAUUAUCAUGCUACUAUGUAGGGACUUGUGCCUUAUUAAUUGUUUUAUUAUCAUGCUACCACGAAGGGACUUGUGCCUCAUUAAUUGUUUUAUUAUCAUGCUACUAUGUAGGGACUUGUGCCUCAUUAAUUGUUUCUUUUCUUUAGAAUGACAGCUGUACCACGGUAACUAAUGCCAUAAAGUCUGUUAGUAUAUUUUUUAUUUUAAUGUAGAGCAUUCAACAUAAGACAUUUAAGAAAAUAAGUACUACAUCUUGCUUCUCUUGUAAAAAACUAUGUAUUCAAAAUCUAUAUAAGUUGUUCUCAAUAUGUAAAGAAAGGCUUUGCCCCAUAUAAUAUGCAUGAUUACCAUGGCAACUGGAUACACAAAGCUCAUGUGUUGGUACAUUAUAGCUUACUACUGCUUAAAAA